AUGUUAAAUACAGCCAUUUUGUUCGCAAAUCCUUUCAGUGUCUUCGUACCGGCGCCCUUCAUCCGCUUGUUACACAUCUGCGCCGCCGAGCGCCGCCACAAAGAACAAGGAUUUGGACUCUUUGUGAAUCGCCUCACUAUCUUCUCCAUCCAAAUCAUGCAAACCCGAUUCCUUAUCCGGGACAAACCCAUUUUCCAAAAGCCUCAUUUCCAACCACUCGAGCUUCUUAUAUAUCUCGACCGAUCUCGGAUGAGACUUAUCCCCCAUUCGAAAAACUUCAAACUUCCCGUUUAUCUCCACCGCACUAAAUCCCGAGUCUUUGCUCAGCCCUUUCGACUUCAUCAACAAUCUCACUCGUUCGACUCCGCACCAAAUUCGGUUCGAAGCGUACAGAUUCGACAGCUGGACGUAAUGGCCCGUAUUUAA